AUGUGGAAGCCGUCGGAGCGUCUGAUGGACACCAUCAGACACUAUGCCAGCUUCCCCGCAACCGGAGUCUCCCUGCGUCAGAUGGUCCAGUUUGGCGACCGCCCCUCCACAGGAACUCUCUUCCGUGCUUCACAAUUCCUCUCUGAGGAGCUCCCAAUUCGUCUUGCGCAUCGUGUGCAAGAUCUAGGCGAGCUACCCGAUGGACUGAGCGAAAUGCCCUCUAUUAAGAAAGUCCAAGAUUGGUACGCUCAAUCAUUCGAGGAAAUCAUUACCCUUUCUCGUCCCUCUUUGACCCAAGAAGUCAAAACCCGCCUCUUGCGACCGGGCCGAAUGAACGGUGGCCACUCUAAGAUUCUCGCCGAAGCAACACAGAACCCCAGUGUGAAAGAAGGUCAAUACCGGUCUUCCCCGAUCACCGCCAAUGGUAAUGGUCACGCAAAAGCAGCUGCAUCAGGCCGCCGCUAUUUUGUGCCUGCCGAUGAUCAUGCAGAGUGGCCACCCGAGCUCAAUGACUACAACCAACGAUUUGCCAAGACUCUGCAACAGAUCAAACGACGUCACGAUGGAGUUGUCACUACUGUGGCCCAGGGUAUCCUAGAAUGGAAGCGGGUGCGACAGCGCAUGCAGAUCGACUCCACUAUUCAAUCAUUCCUGGAUCGCUUCUACAUGUCUCGAAUUGGUAUACGAAUGUUAAUUGGUCAACACAUCGCACUCACGGAACAAACGCACGUCAAACACCCUCAUUACGUCGGAAUAAUCUGCACCAAAACCAAUGUCAAGGACAUUGCGCUCGAGGCAAUUGAUAACGCCCGCUUUGUCUGUGAGGAUUACUACGGUUUGUUUGAGGCUCCUAAGGUUCAGCUGGUCUGCCGGGAUGACCUGAACUUCAUGUACGUGCCUGGUCAUCUUUCCCACAUGCUCUUUGAGACCCUCAAGAACUCCCUUCGUGCGGUUGUUGAGCAACAUGGAGCCGACCGGGAGCAUUUCCCCGUAACCAAGGUUAUUGUGGCCGAGGGCAAGGAAGAUAUUACCAUCAAGGUCUCUGACGAGGGCGGUGGUAUUCCCCGAUCUUCGAUCCCACUCGUCUGGACCUACAUGUAUACCACUGUGGAGCAGACUCCCAACCUCGACCCCGACUUUGAUAAGAACGACUUCAAAGCACCAAUGGCUGGUUUCGGAUACGGACUACCAAUUAGUCGACUGUAUGCCCGAUACUUUGGUGGUGAUUUGAAGUUGAUCAGUAUGGAAGGAUAUGGAACUGAUGUCUACCUCCAUCUGAAUCAUGGCCGGGUCCGGCCCACAACUUCGCAUCGCCUGCACCCCUUCUUUUACGGUGAACCGGAACCCAAGCCCGCGCCACCUCGAGGACUGACGCUCAUGAACGUGCAAGCUCUCCGUAUCCGCAGCCGAGAAGUUUCCGAACGAAGGCAAGUAGGAGAUGCAGAGAGCAUGUUCCAUGCGGAGCAGCGACGAAGAGAAGAAGAAGAGAUGUAA